UUUAGUAGAACAGAUAUACCAUGCUAUUCAAAUAGAUUGAAUAAGAGACUGAUCGAAGAUACAUCAAACAAACGACUGAUCUCAUACUUGUGUGCUCAAGACCGCAACUCGGUCAUGUUUGCGAUCAACUCAUUGUUGUCGCGAGCAUAUCAGGGCAAGCUGACACUGGUCACCAAUGCACAGUAUAUAGAGAGGGGACAGUACUCGACUUGUUCACUGCUCGACGCUAUAAUAUCGACUAUCGUCACCUUUGUCGAGGACCCUGCAACAUCGACCUACACAAUGCGAAUCAGCAACAACAUAGAGAUCGUCAGCAAGGUGAUUGCGAUAUUGAGGAACGCCAUCCUCCUCGCGCCCAAUGACUCGACCAUCGCCUCACAUCCAACUGCACUCACUGCCCUUGUGCAGGUGAUGCACUCUCACCUAAAGUAUCGUCAGGGCUUGGUGGCUGGCGAUCAGACCGUGCUCAGCAUGUAUGACGCCGCCAUUGACAACACGCCACGCUACAUCCUGGAGAUCUUCUCAAAGAUUGCAAAGAAGUUGCCGAUGAAGGUACUCGAUGAGCAGCAGCAGCAACAACAGCAACAGCAGGCACAGGUACAGGGUACAUUUGCACAGAGCGACAUUCAGUUCAUGCUGUUUGACAAUGCCAAACUACCGACACUGAUCAGCACGCCACCUUACUUGGCACGUGUGAUACUCGAGACACUGGACAUGUCACUAUUCACCUUUGACAAUGACGAUGCAUUGCUCGCAGGCAUGGAGGCGCUGGAGCUCAUCCUCAGAUCAAAGUCAUCGCGUGAGCAGGCCGAUAUUGUCUUGAUGCGUCCAAUCUGUGACCCACUAUUCGAUAUGAUCGUCAUCUCGCCAAUUCAAACCAACACCGUACUUGCCUCUGAUCCAAUAUCAUCACCAUAUAAUGUAGAUACAUACAACAACAAUAGUAACACUCAACAACAACAACCUCAACAGAAUGGUAACAACAACGAGUUGUUAUCGAUAACACCAACGCUGUCGACAGCGACCAUUACACCAGCGCCUCAGUCACCACCCCAAACAUUGCAACUCAAGAGCACACCAAUCACCUUUGGAAAUGGCAGCAACUUGAUAUUGAGACUGAUCGAGUUGCUUGGUCACUCAACCAACGAUGUUCAGCUGAUGGCCCUGAACAUCCUACUGCAGCUGUCGAAGCUGUCACAAAAGUCGAGGAUCGUCAUUGCACACUGCCCGGGUCUGGUGCGCCACCUAUGCAAUCUGCUCUCGUUCAAGACUGGUGAGCACAACCUGGAGAUGGGCAAGAAGUCCGCCAUGUUCCUCUCGUACGCCUCCAAGGAGCCACUGAACAUCCCCGUCCUCUUGCCGUUCGAGCCACUGCUCGCUCAGAUUGUCCUAAGUGACAACCCUCACACUGAUAUCAUUGCCAACAUACUGAUCAAGCUUGAGAACAACAACAAC